AAAAAAAAAAAAAAAAAAAAAAAAGAUGUGUUCGUGGGGGAAGCAUCGAUUGCUCAAUUGCGCUAGUAUAUAAACCAGCCCUCAUGAUGGCGACUUAUCUGCAACCACGUCGUCCACAACCCGAGCGCAGGCAUUUUGGCGUCGACUAAAAGUUCCCUCGCUUUGGAUAUCAAAAAGAUCGCAAAAAUGGGCCUCAGCAACAAAUUCACAGAUGAUAUCAAGGAGGUGGAUGUCAUCAUCGUCGGCGGCGGGACUGCUGGCUGCGUCGUGGCCAGCCGACUCGCCGCCGCCGCCCCGAACCUGCAUGUGCUCGUCGUGGAAGGCGGCCGCGACAACUACAAGGACCCGCUCAUCAUCAACCCUUUUGCCUUUAUAAAGAACCAGGACCCCAGCGCCAAGACGGCCCUGUUCUUUCGCGCUGGCAAGUCGGAGGACCUGGGUGGGCGCGAGCUGGUGGUGCCGACGGGAGGGAUACUGGGCGGCGGGUCGAGCAUCAACUUUCUGAUGUACACCAGAGGUCACCGGUCCGACUUUGAAUCGUGGAACACCCCAGGUUGGGGUCCCGACGACAUGCUCCCGUUCCUUAAAAAGGCCGAAACAUACCACGGCACCGGCUCGGCAGCGGUGCACGGGUCGACGGGCCCCAUCCACAUCAGCAGCGGCACGUACCGCAACGAGGAGCUGACGACCGACUUCAUCCGGGCCGUCACCUCGCUCGGCUUCCCCGAGACGGCCGACCUGCAGGACCUCGAGAGCGUCGACGCCGUGUCCCGCCACCUGCGCUUCGUCAGCCCGGCCGGCGACCGCUCCGACUCGGCCCACGCCUACCUGCACCCCCUGCUGCGCGACGGCCAGCACCCGAACCUGCACGUGCUGGUCGAGCACAACGUGUCGCGCGUGCUGUUUGACGACGACGACGACAACAAGCAAGCCUGCGGCAUCGAACUCGUCCCGAACCCGCUCUUCCACCAGCAAUCCCCUCCCUCGCCGCCCUUCACCGUCAAGAGCCGCCUCAACGCCGUCGUCCUGUCCGCCGGCGCGCUGUGCACGCCGUCCAUCCUCGAGCGGUCGGGGAUCGGCGCCGCCGCCGUGCUGGAGCGCGCCGGCGUCCCGCUCAAGGUCGACCUGCCCGCCGUCGGCGAGAACCUGCAGGACCACCACAUGCUGCUGGUGCCCUUCCGCUCCGCCUUCCCGCCCGAGGUCCUGGGCAACGUCGCGCUGCUGGGCGACAUUGCCGACGUGCCGCGCCAGGCCGAGGCGCUGUCCGUCUGCGGCCGCCGCGGCUCCAACUUUAUCGAGGCCGCCGCCAAGCUGCGCCCGUCGGCCGACGAGGUCGAGGCGCUCGGGGCAGACUUUCGGGAGGGCUGGGAGAGGGACUAUGUCACUAGGCCCGGCAGGGGUCUGGUGCAGAUUUGCAUGGCUGGCGGAUUCCCCGGCCCCAACGACGAACCAAGCUGCGAAAACAUCGCCCUGUCGGCCUUCACCUUGUACCCUUACAGCCGAGGCAGCGUGCACAUAACGGGCCCGUCGCCCACCUCUGACGAGCCCGCCUUCGACUCGGGCAUAUUCUCAUCCUCGCCCUCGUCCGCGCCCUCUUUGUCGUCCCCGUCGUCGUCGGUCUCGUCCUUGUCCGCCACUUCCUCCUCCAGCUUCGACGUCGCCGCCUCCUGCUGGACCUACAAGAAGCUGCGAGACAUUGCCCGCCGCCUCGACAGCUACCGCGGCGAGGUCGCCUACGCCCACCCGCCGUUCCCCCAGGGCUCCGGCGCCGCCCUGUCGCAGCUGCCCGUGGACGGACCUUCGCUGGCGGAAAAAUGCGGCGGGCCGGACAAGGUGCCCAAGCUUGUGUACAGCGCCGAGGACGAUGCGGUUCUCGAGGCCUACGUCAGGAACGCGGUGCAGACGACGUGGCACACGCUUGGGAGUGUGAGGAUGGGUCCUAGGGAGGGUGAUGGUCAGGGUGGACCAAAGGGGGCUGUCGACAGCAGUCUAAAUGUUUACGGCGUAAAGGGUCUCAAGGUCGUAGAUUUGAGCAUCGUGCCUGAGAAUAUUGGUGGAAACACAAACAUGACUGCUAUUGCGAUAGGAGAGAAGGGAGCGGAUAUUUUGUUGCGGGAGUUGGGGAUUCUGAAGACCAACUGAACUAGAAACGACUAGACUAGACCUAGAACUAGACGCGACUAGAACUUGGACAGUUUAGGUAAUGUACAUCUGCGAUGAGAUGUCGUGCUUUCAGCAUGCCG